CCCCCGGCGCUUCCUCUGCUUGGGUGCUCCUCCGGCCCGACUUCCCCUUUCUCCCACCUUUCCCGGCACCGCGGGAAAAGCAGCGCGGGGCAGAGCAGGCAGGGAGGGCGGCCGGAGCCCGGACACGGGAGCCUCCCAGGCAGUUCAAGACCCGACAUGAGGGAAAAGGGCCGUAGGAAGAAGGGCAGGACCUGGGCGGAGGCCGCCAAGACGGUCUUAGAAAAAUAUCCCAAUACACCCAUGAGUCAUAAAGAAAUUCUUCAAGUUAUCCAGAGAGAAGGACUAAAAGAAAUCAGAAGUGGGACUUCCCCUCUUGCAUGCCUGAACGCAAUGCUGCACACAAACUCCCGAGGUGAAGAGGGCAUCUUCUAUAAGGUUCCAGGCAGAAUGGGAGUAUAUACUUUGAAGAAAGAUGUGCCGGAUGGGGUGAAAGAGCUAUCAGAAGGUUCAGAAGAAAGCAGUGAUGGUCAGUCAGAUUCCCAGAGUUCUGAGAACAGCAGCAGCAGCAGUGAUGGCAGCAACAAGGAGGGAAAAAAGAACAGGUGGAAAAGGAAAGUAUCAUCUAGACUGUCACAGCCAUCCUCUCCCCAGUCAGGUUGCCCAUCACCCACAAUUCCAGCAGGUAAAGUCAUAUCUCCAUCACAGAAGCACAGCAAGAAGGCACUAAAGCAGGCUCUAAAGCAGCAGCAGCAGCGGAAGCAGCAGCAGCAAUGCCGGCCAAGUAUGGCCCUCUCCUCCAGUCAGCAUCUCUCUCUGAAGGCUGUCAAAGCUGCCAGUGACUCUGCGACUGCCAAAUCGGCAGUAUGGGAAGGAAAGCAAUCUGAUGGACAGUCAAGCAGCUCCCAGAACUCAAACUCUAGCUUUUCUUCAUCAGUUAAAGUGGAAAAUCCGUUGUUAGGCUUGGGGAAGAAGUCAUUCCAAAGGUCUGACAGACUCCAUACAAGACAAAUGAAAAGGACUAAAUGUGCUGAAAUUGAUGUUGAGACACCAGACUCCAUUCUGGUUAAUACAAAUCUUCGAGCACUGAUCAACAAGCACACCUUUUCAGUCCUUCCUGGAGAUUGCCAACAGCGACUGCUUUUACUGCUUCCAGAGGUGGAUCGACAGGUUGGUCCAGAUGGUCUGAUGAAGCUAAAUGGUUCAGCCCUUAACAAUGAGUUCUUCACUUCAGCAGCCCAAGGCUGGAAGGAAAGACUCUCAGAAGGUGAGUUUACACCUGAGAUGCAGGUGAGAAUUCGACAAGAAAUUGAGAAGGAGAAAAAAGUAGAGCCGUGGAAAGAGCAAUUCUUUGAAAGCUACUAUGGUCAGAGUUCCGGCCUGAGCCUUGAGGAUUCAAAGAAAUUGACAGCUUCACCCAGCGAUCCUAAAGUAAAGAAACCCUCAGCUGAGCAACCAAAAUCCAUGCUUCCUUCAGAGGCCUCUCCUGUCAGUGUAAUCCCUGUAAUUCCCCAGGCAGAGUCUAAAGAAGAGGUGGUGCAUAUGCCGUCCCCUGUCAGAAAAGAGGAGCACGAAAGCCAAGAUAAGGUGCAGCCAAACCCUGAAUCCACAGAGCCCCUUCCUUCCUCUCCCAGCGAAACAAAUGAGCUUCGCAGCAUUCUUCCCAGCAAGUGCCCAAAGGAUGAGGAUGUCUUGGGGCAGAAGCCAGUUGCCUCUGCUGAACAGGAAUCUGAGAAAGAGAAUCAUCUCACUACAGCUUCUAAUUAUAACAAAAAUGAAAGCCAAGAAGCUUCAGUUAAGUCUCCAAGCAAACCCAAGAGUCCUGGAGUAGAGAAACCAAUAAUGAAGCCCAUAACAGAAGCAGGUCCACAGGAGGCCACUAUGAAAGAGUCUUCAUCAGCUCUGGUUGAUCACAGCCCAGAAAGCCUCAAGAGGAAAUCUCUCACCCAAGAAGAGGCCCCUACAAGCUGGGAGAAAAGGCCGCGUGUCACUGAGAAUCGCCAGCACCAGCAGCCAUUUCAAGUCUCUCCACAGCCCUUUCUCAGCAGAGGGGACAGGAUCCAAGUGCGAAAAGUACCACCUCUCAAGAUCCCGGUCUCCAGAAUCUCCCCCAUGCUCUUUCCUACAUCGCAGGUCUCUCCCAGGGCUCGUUUUCCAGUCUCCAUCACUAGUCCUAACAGAACAGGAGCCAGAACUCUUGCCGACAUCAAAGCAAAAGCCCAGCUGGUCAAAGCACAGAGGGCAGCAGCUGCCGCUGCCGCCGCAGCUGCUGCCGCCGCCUCAGUUGGAGGGACCAUUCCAGGACCUGGCCCAGGGGGUGGACAAGGCCCAGGAGAGGGUGGUGAAAGGAAAACUGCUAGAGGAGGGAAUCCAGACUCAGACAGAGUCAGAGAAACUGGAAAGGGCCCCACACUGGAACUGGCAGGAACUGGAAGCAGGGGAAGUCCGAGAGAGCUUUUACCCUGUGGUUCAGAGACUCGGCCCCAAUCUGAGACCAACACCCCAGGCCAGCCACAGCCUCUUAGUGUUUCUGGAGCACAACUACAGCAAACCCCCUCAGUGCCUCCAACAUCUGCCAUCAGUGGAGCAUGCACAAGUGUCCCAUCACUAGCUCACACUAACCCACCCCCACCAACUGUAGGGAAAUUGAAUAUUGAGAAACUGAAUGCCACCAGGGCAACAGCCACAGUGGCCUCUCUUAGCCACCCACAAGGGCCCAGUCAUUGCAGGCAGGAGAAGUUACCUUCUGCUCCAGCAGGUCCUGCUCUAAUCUCAGGUGCUACACCUGUUCAUUUUGCAGCUGAUGGCACAGUUGAUCCCAAAGCAGGUUGUAGUAAGAAUACACCAAACACUUCAGCCUCAGCAGAGACUACUGCCAGGGCUUCAGUGGAUAUGACUUCCUCCCCUUUAACAUCUUUAUUAAUAGCUGCCACUUUAGAAAAGCUUUCCAUACCCCAGGUCAGUGGAACUGUAGCACCUCCCGGACCAGUUCAAUCCUCAAGCACUUUGCCAGCAAUUUCUAGCCUUAAAACUCCAGGAACUUCUUCAAAUAUGAAUGGACCCAUUUCACGGCCAAGCUCAAGUAUCCCUGCUAAUAAUCCUCUGGUCACUCAGCUGCUCCAGGGCAAAGAUGUUCCCAUGGAGCAAAUUCUGCCUAAACCACUCACCAAAGUUGAAAUGAAAACUGUUCCACUGACUGCAAAAGAGGAAAUAGGGAUAGGAGCACCCACAGGCACCAACAAAACAGAAAAUAGCACCAGAGAGGAAGUUCAUGAGAGGCCUUCUCAUCCAGCUAUACAGCAACUGGGUAAAACCUUGCAAAGUAAGCAUCUCUCCCAGGUUCCCAGACCCCUUCAGCUCUUUUCAGGUAAGGAUCUGAGGGACUCUAGCAUUGACCCACACCAAGAAGGAGUAAGUAAAACAACCCAAGAUCAGAUCCUUCAGACUCUCAUCCAGAGGGUUCAUAUUCAGAGGCAUAAUGUUCUCUCAUUUGUGCAGCCCUCCCAGUUCAACUUCAGUCACUCAGGUUUCCAGUUAGAAGACAUCUCCACAAGCCAGCGGUUCAUGCUGGGCUUUGCUGGCAGAAGGACUUCGAAGCCUGCAAUGGCAGGUCACUACUUACUUAACAUUUCCACCUACGGCCGGGGUUCGGAGAGCUUUAGGAGGACCCAUUCUGUAAACCCAGAAGAUCGUUUUUGUCUAAGUAGCCCCACUGAAGCCUUGAAAAUGGGAUAUACAGACUGUAAAAAUGAAACAGGAGAUAAUAGCAGCGACAAAGAAGACACUGAUGAGGAAAGUACUGCUGAUGAAGAAGAAUCGGCCAUGGUGAAGGAGGAGCCCCAGGCUUCCCAGGGUUCUGGCAAGUGUGAAGCAAGUUCAGGACCCCACAGUAGAGAAACCCUAUCCACUGAUUGUUUAGCUAAAAAGAAUGUGAAGGUAGAGACACCAGUGCAAACCGCUUUAAACAAGGAGAAUUAUCUGUUCACUAGAGGCCAAACAUUUGAUGAAAAGACCCUAGCCAGAGAUCUUAUUCAGGCAGCACAGCAGCAGAUGGCUCAUGCAGUGAGAGGUAAGGCAAUGCAUAGCAGCCCCGAGGUUUUCAGUGCCACUGCUCUUCCUCCACCUGCAGACAGUCCCACUCAUCAGCCUCUCCUCCUCCCACCACUGCAAACCCCAAAGCUGUAUGGGAGCCCCACACAGAUUGGGCCCAGCUACAGAGGCAUGAUCAAUGUCUCCACCUCGUCUGACAUGGACCAUAACUCUGCUGUACCGGGGAUGCCUGACUGUGGCCAGGUAUCUAGCAAUGUAGGUGAUGUCAUGUCCUUUUCAGUGACUGUCACUACCAUCCCCGCUAGCCAAGCUAUGAAUCCCAGCAGCCAUGGCCAGACCAUUCCUGUUCAGGCAUUUCCCGAAGAGAACAGCAUAGAGGACACGCCUUCGAAAUGUUACUGCCGAUUGAAAGCCAUGAUCAUGUGCAAGGGGUGUGGAGCCUUCUGCCACGAUGACUGCAUUGGCCCCUCCAAACUGUGUGUCUCCUGCCUUGUUGUUCGGUAACGAGACUAGAAAGAACACACUGUAAAAAAGGCAGAGGGAAGGGUUGACAGGCUGUGUUUUUGUGUCCUUUUGGAAUCACAGAAAUAAACAAGUAGAUUUCAGUUGUCAAGAGACAAAUGUUACUUAAUCAGGUAUACAGAGUACAGAUCUUACAUUUUAGAGGAAGAGCACCUUGUAUAGUAAGUCUAAGUCAAGCAAGACUUUGUGAAUUUGUGACAAGUUUGCACUUACAAAAUCAUGUAAAUACGUCACAUUUUGUUUUAACAUUAUUUUCCCAAGUGUUUAGGUAAUAAUGUAUUACUUUUAAUUCAAAUUUAUGGCCUACUUCAUGUGACUCUAAGUUUAAUGCCAUGCAUGGUGAAAGGAAGCUUGUUUGCCUUCUGUCCUUUCCUAAGAGGCUGGGAAGAGGAAGGCGUGAACAAAAGGGUCUGGAGAAAUGACCUUUUAUGCUGAUUAUGUCUUAACCAUCUGCCUGUAGGUUUUAUGUGGAUUACCCAGCCUUUCCAGAAUAUGGAUUCAGGGUUUACUAAGUCCCUUUACUUCAGAUGGAGUCUUAAGUUCAAAUUUUUGAUAAGGUAUUCAUUUCACAGCGAGUGCUUCAGACUCUGAAAGCUCUUGACUUGGUUCUUGGCUUCCAUAAGCCAGUACUAUUGCCAAGCACACUGUAUGCAAUUCGUGGGUCCCUGCUGUUGCCUAAUCCCGUUCCCCUGCCCUCAGGUAGUGAAGGUGGUCCAGGGAGACGGUGCCUCUCUGGCCCCUGGUGUUACCAUAGCCCGGGCAGGGCAACAGUUCCAGCAAUAACCCAAGUACUUAAUCAUGGGAGCUUACAACAGGUUUGAAAUACUAGUAUAAAAUGAACAGGAAAGUGUUAGUGCUGGGGUAAUUUGAAUUACGUGUUUUGUUGGGCAAGGGGAGUAAAGGUACAGAAACAAAGAUGUUUGGGAAAGAUUUUUAACAUUAGAAACAAGGCAGCCUCUUCUUUUCCAACACAUUACCUAAUGUUCUAUAGUCAGCUCUUGCUGCAGGUAGAAAGAUCAUGAGUGCCACAUUUGCCCAUUCUGGUAAACCUAUUUUGACCUCUCAGGCAUCUGAGGAGUAGGGAGUAAUACGUUACUUUGAAGACAUGUAUGCACUCACACAUACAAUGAAAGUCAGACACUUUCCCUGUUUUAGAAAAUAUGUCCCGUUUUGGAUUUCUGCUGUCUAUGCACUAGAAAUUUUUAAUGUGAAGGGGCUUCAGUAAAUGGCUAGUGCAGUGGUCGGCAAACCGCGGCUCGCGAGCCACAUGCAGCUCUUUGGCCCCUUGAGUGUGGCUCUUCCACAAAAUACCACGGCCUGGGCGAGUCUAUUUUGAAGAAAUGGCGUUAGAAGAAGUUUAAGUUUAAAAAUUUUGGCUCUCAAAAGAAAUUUCGAUCGUUGUACUGUUGAUACUUGGCUCUGUUGACUAAUGAGUUUGCCGACCACUGGGCUAGGGGAACAUCUAGAAAGGAGAGAAAUUACCUCUAAAACUUUGUUUGUUUUUAUUCUUUUUUGUGUCCUUGUGUUUUUAAGCCUGUAUUUAGCAACUAAAGAAUUUUCAAGUACAUGUAUUUAGGUCAUGGUUAAAGAACAUUAAAAUAAGCCUACCAUUUACCAGAAUUUGAUAUUUUAAUAUCUGGUAUUGUCAACGUGCAUCAUUUGCAUAUUGAUUUCAAGUUUUCUAAUUCCAAGUGUGUAAAGUAAAAAUACUAUAACUAGUACAGUUGUAGUUGUACUUAAUAUUCAGGAUGUGAUAUUUAUAACAUGCAGAACAGUGUAAACUUGUUAAUUAAGUCACAUUCCAGAUUAGGAGAAAGUAGCAGUAAUAAUCUUGGCUUUGCUUCCAUUCUGCUACCCUAUCUUCCCCUUCCUCCAUGUUAUACACUCUUAAUAUUUUCAUACUCCCUAAGAGACUCAUUAUUUCACUAUUUUUCAUUUUUUUGCUUCUGUUUUUUGUGUGGUCCAAGGCAAACAGAGGACUAAUAUCUAUGUUCUUGUUGCAGCCAAGACAAUAUGUCAUUCUAACUUCCCUUUUUCUUCCAGCACACACAUAGCGAAGAGAAAUGAAAGCUGCAAGGACCCAGGGAUAAGGUUUAAGUUCUCCAGCUAAGACCCGGUAACAAACAGAAACCGUGGUUCUGUUCCCAAACUUGCAGUACCCUGGGAAAUUCGGGGGGAACUUGAAAGACCUAAUGCCGGUUAGAACUUCCCGUGCCCAGCUUCUGCGCUCCCCACUUGAGGGGCAGACUGGAGGUUGGUCUGUGUGCUGGAAGUUGCUGAGAGUUUAGACCUGACCAAUUAGUUACCAAUUGGGGUUGAUUAAUGUGGCUUUUCUUCACAACUUUCCUGAAAUAGAAAAUGUCUGCUCCGUGGAUCCUUUAAGCUGAGGGUGGCUAGACUAACCAGGAAAGGAGGAAAGGAUCAGGGAUAUUCAAAUUCAUUUAGAGAGCAAACCAUACUGUGCCUCUUCAUCUUGACCCACGCUCUUGCAGAUGGUCCUAACUCUUGCAGAUGGUCCUAAGAUUUACUGUUCACAAGGUUUUCUUCAGAAGUAAUAUAAUACCCAACUAAUAAAAUACCUGCAUUUAUUACUGCCCCUAAAACAGAAAUUGUCAAGUAGGUACACUGCCUCAAUAUUGACCAAAAGAGAGAAUAGUUCAGUUUUCUUAGAUUGGUAGUAAACUGAAUACAACCCAUAUAUCAGUUUGUUUGAAAACAGUGGUUUCAAGUUGAAAGCCAUUAACUGAAUAGAGGAGAAAAUUAUGAUCUUGAAAAUAAGGCAGAAGGAACAAGAAAAUCAUUAAAUUAUUAAAGUAUGGCACUCCAGUACCUUUAAAGCAAUUUUUGUUUUAGGUUUUCAUAAUUACUUUACCAUUCAGAUCAACCUAGUAAGUGCUAAGCUUAUUUUUCUGAUACUAAGUUGCACUGUUUUGAGUGACUAGUCAGGCAUUAUGCCUGAUGCUUAUUAUGCCUCCAGGGUGUGCUUCCGAUACCUCCCACUGCAGGUCACCUUGGGGAGCAAGCACUAGCGGUAUGUCAUCUCAGUCUCACUUACGAAUAUUGAGUCAUCUAGUAAAGAGGCUCCCAGAGUCUUAAAGAAUUUUGACUAAAAUUCUCCAUCCUAUUCAAGAGAGAAUAAAGCCAAAUAACCUGGAGUUGUUUGCUCUGCUUUUAUUCCUUAACUCCUGUGCUCAAGAUACUAAAGCUAUCUGUGGUAUCCCAUGUAACAUUUUAAAGAAUCAGACCUGACGUGUAUUUUUACUUGGGGUAGGAGAAGCAUACUUGCAUGGGCUGGAAAGGCACACAGAUGUAGUUGUUUUAGGAAGUUAUCUCAUUUAAAUAGCCAAAGGAAGACCUCAUUGCCUUCCAGGUGAAGGAGUAAAUCAUACAUAUUAAUGACCUGAUAGUCAUCAUCCUAAUUGCUUAUUAUUGCCAUUCUCUGCCUUAGAGUCCUUUAAAAAACUCGGGUGAAAUGAUUUGUUGUGAUUAGGGGGUCUUCUCUGGUCAUUACACUGCUAUUUAUUUCUAGAACUCACUGUCAGUGAGCAGUGCCAGGAUUGUUCUUUGUAACCUAGAAGUUUGAUUUCACGACAAGGAGGGAAAGUCUCCCCAUUGCAUUUACAGCAAUGUGCUAAGUGAAAACUUGGCCAAGGGUAGUUUUCAGCUCAAUUUAUAGACAAGUCCAAAGAGACUGAGAAACAUGAUGAUAGGCAGAGAUCUUUCCUACCAUGUUUCAAUACCUACAUACCUAUUGAAAGAAAACAAUAGGUAAAAACAUUUCCUAAAGUUGAAGAGCUGCAUAGAUUAUUGGUUACUUUAUUUUUAUUAAUGCUUUACAUUUGAUACAACUAUUAAAGAUCAAUUUUAAAAAUAGCUUUCCAGUAAUAUAUUUUAAGUAAUAUAUAUUUUAAUAUCUAUGUAAAAAAUAACAGUGGAAGACUGAAUUUCUCAUAUAUGGUAUGUGUAAUGUAGGACCUCACUGUUAAGGCACAAACAAUUUCAAAGGAAGUUACUCUAAAGACAUUCAGAUUAUUUCCAAAAAAUGCAAUAAAGGAGUUGGAGUUUAUUUUUUAUUUUAAAGGAAAAUUGACUUAUUUACCACAAACUAUUUUUUUUCCUUUUGGCUAUAAGGUUUGUAUAGACUGGUUUGGUAAAAGCUAAACUUUUGUGUCUUUUUGCCUUUUUAAAGGAAUUGUUAACAUUGGAAUUGAGGGUAUGUACAGAAAAGUUGGUGUCAACACCAUUUAAAAAGUCAUAUUUUUUCACAAAUAUAGAAAAAUCAUUUUACAUAAGAACUUUAAGUAUUUGCAAUAAAUAUAUGUAUAUAGA